AUGGCGGAACGAGACCUUGCUUGUCUUCUGCGUUCACAUAGAAGAAUUAGCGAUGAGCAAAAAACUGAUAUUGUGGCAAUGCAGAUUUCUAGGAUCCGCAAACACCAGAUAAUGGAUAUUAUGGAAAUACAGUACAGUAGGUAUGAUAAGGUUGGAUUCACAACAAGGGACUUGUAUAAUUUCUGCCAUCGCAAUAAGGUGGAGACAGUUGCUGCUGGUGAUGCUCAAACAGUCAUUAGUUAUCUGACAGAGUGCAGACGUAGGGAUCCUGAUUUCUUCUUUGACUACAAGACUGAUGGGAAAGGGCGCCUCAAGGGACUGCUCUGCACAUUCUCUGAUGCCAUGGUUCAUAAGCAUCCUAUUUCCGUGACCACUGAUGGAGACCUUGCUAUGCAGAGAGCAAUCAGGCUGGUGUGGCCGAAUUCAUCGCAUAGGCUAUGCAUAUGGCAUAUUGAGCAGAACAUUGUGCGUAAUCUUCACGAUGAUGGUGUGAAGGCUGAUUUUAGGUAUUUCCUUUAUGAUUGUUGCUCCAUAGAAGAGAUUGAGAGGAAAUGGCUGGAAUUCUUGGAUAAGCAUAACGUUACAGAUAAGGAGUCAUGGCUGUAUCAGAUGUAUGAGAGGAGGAAAAUCUGUAAUGAAGCGAAUCUGGACUUUGAAGCAUCGAAUUAUUUGCCAUGCUUAGAACCAGAUGCUUCAAUUAUUGAGAAAGAGGCUACGAAAUCGUUCACACCAAGAAUUUUUGCCAAGGUGGACAAGGGGGGGGCCAAGAGUGCAUUUCCUCCUAUAAGGAAGAGCACCAUGUAUGACUAUUCCGAUAGCCUACAGAGGUACCAUGAGCUACGCAAUAUCAGUCACACUGCAUCCUUUUUAGCAUCUCGUUCACCUGAAGCAUAUGAGCGGCUGAAACGUGUUCUGCAUGAGGAAGCUGCUAUGAUCCUGCCAAACGGAGGAGAGAACGGAAACAAGAGGUAUGGUCCGGUGCUGCCGCAAUGCAUGGAUGUUGAUUCUGCAGAGUCCAGAAAUGUCUUGGAUCCCAUGCAUGUUCCUGGCAGAGGGGCCCCGAAGAAAAAGUUGAAGUCAGUUUCAAAUAAGAAGAGAUCUAAGGCAUACACCGAGAUGAUAGCAGAAAGAAGAAGAAAGGUAGCCAGUGGAGCUGAAGAUUCCUACGGGAUGGAGAAACUCCAUGACUGUCUUUUUCCCUACCUUAUUAACUUUGCUAGUAAAUGCAUGGUUUUGACAAUUACCGCACAGCAGGAGGAGAACGGUGCUGGGAGGACACCACAUCGCGAAGAGGCCAUGUGGGCAGUGGACAGAGGCAGUGUGAUUUUGCUUAGUAGAUUUUGA